CUGUCACCCAGGCUGGAGUGCAGUGGCAGGAUCACGACUCACUGCAGUCUUGAUCUCCUGGGUUCAAGUGAUCCUUUUGCCUCCUGAGUAGCUGGGACUCAGGCAUGCCACCAUGCCCGGCUAAGAUAAUUUGAAACAUAGUCUCAAGUUUCCUGAUGUUAGUACUACUCUGUCUCUCAGGGCGUAUUAUGCCUUCAGAUAUUGGCUAGUGAUGGUAAUGUAUGUAAAUAUAAUUUAUACAUAAAUACAUAUAUUAGAGAUGUGUGCUAAAAUUCUUUUGUUACUGACAGAGAUCAAAGAACUUUGGAGACCACAGCUCUAGGUAAUAAGGAGCCAGUAGGAGUUUAAGCAGGAGGAUGACUUGUUUGUUUUUGUUUUAUUUUGAAAGAUCACUUUGGUAGCUGUGUGGAUGGAGAGCCUGGGGUAGAGAGAAUAGUAGGGAACUCAUGCAGCGGUCCAGGUGAGAGAUGAGAUCCCAAACCCAGGGUAGGGCAGCCAGGAGGGCAGAGCAAUUUCACAUGCACGUUGGACUUGGUGACUGACUAGAUUUGGAAAACAAGGGCGAAGAGAUCCAAUCCCGGGGUAUUUCCAGGUGUCUGGGGGGAUUAGGCAAAUAAUAGUACCACCUACCAAGGUGGCAAACAGAGGUGGGUUUGGGGAGAAAGGUGAAGAGUCUGGGACUGAACAGUUUGAGUCAGAGGUGCCAGGGAGAGCCCUGGGUGGAGGUCGUACGUCCGGGGGUCCUGUGGCUGGUUUGGGGCUGCAGCCCCCUCUUCCCCAGCAGGGCCCAGGUGAGCGAGCGGGCUGGGUCAUGGUCAUGAUGAGUAACUCAGGCAGUAAUGGUGUCCUCUGUCCAGACCUCCUGAUUCUAGCCUGGUCACUGGGUGCUGCAUCCCAGGUAUCAGACCCUGAUUGUUACCAGUGGAGGGUGUCCUGAUUCUUUGUGCUUCGAACAAAGAAUUGGACAAAACGCACAAAGCAAGAAAAUAAUGAAGCAACAAAAGCAGAGAUUUAAUGAAAACAAAAGCACACUCCACAGGGUGGGAGUGGGCUGAACAAGAAGCUCAAGGGACUGGGUACAGAAUUUUCUGGGGCUUAAAUACCCUCUAGAGGUUUCCCAUUGAUUACUUAGUGUACACCCUAUGUAAAUGAAGUAGAGGACCACAAUCAGUCUGAUUGGUUGUGGAGAGAGACCAACCAGAGAUUGAAGUGAAGUUACAAAGUUACACCCUAUGCAAAUGUCUGAUUCGCCUGUGGAAAGUGACCAGAGGCUAAAGUGAAGUUACAAAGUUAUACUCCUAUGCAAAAGAAAACUUCGCCAGCGACGGAAGUUGUGAAAGUUGGGGUUUUCCUUUUGAUUUAGUUCUAGGAAGUCAGCAUGAAUUGGCCUUAGGUUCCCUGCCUCCAGGCCCUAUUCUCCUGCCUCCUGAUCACUCUCUAUAUUUCACUUUUGCAAAACCACUCAAAAUGCAGGUACCCUGUCUUCCUCCUCCUGUGAGCCAUCAUGGACGUGACAAGGCUACUUCUUCACGGUGCUCUAGGCCAAAGCAUUGGGAAAGCCAGAUUAGGCUGGGAGUGUCCUUGCUGUAAUUGGAUGCUGAGAUAAGCAAAGUGAAAUGCAGUGGAGAAGCAGGUGGCGCAGGGCAGGUUUGGGCGCUGUGCAGCUGCCUAAGCUGGGGAGGGACGGGUGUUUGACCACGCAGAAGGGCUCUACAGGGCCACGCUUUAGGACAGGAAUAUGCAUUCUGGCCUUAUCUGGUCAUUUCUGAGUUGGGAUAUCUGUAUCACUCCAGGGCAGGGUGUGCUUGACUCAGAGCCCACUCGGGGCUUGACCCAGAGAAGGCUAGCAUUUAAUAUUAGUGAUGAAGGCUGGGCAUGGUGGCUCACGCCUGUAAUCCCAGCACAAUUCCGCCAGGCGGACAUAUCGCUUGAGUCUAGAAAUAUGAGACCAGCUUGGGUGAUAUAGCGAAACCCUAUCUCUACUAAAAAUUACAAAAAUUAGCCAGGCGUGGUGGCACAUGCCUGUAGUCCCAGCUACUUGGGAGGCUGAGGUAGGAGGAUGGCUCGGACCCGGGAAGUAGAGGUUGCAGGGAGCCAAGAUCUUGCCACUGCACUCCAGCCUAGGCAACAAAGCGAGACCCUGUCUCAAUAAUAACAAUAAUAAUAAUAAUAAUAAUAAUAAUAAUAAUGAUAAUAAUAGUGAUGAAGAAAACAACAAAAAAUCUCCACCCCUGAAAAAACAGACAAAUAACAUAACAAAAGCCAGGCACGAUGGCACAUGCCUGUAGUCCCAGCUACUCAGGAGGCUGAGGGAAGAGGAUCUCCUGAGCCCAGGAAUUUGAAGCCAGCCUGGGCAACAUAGGGAGAUUUCUUCUCUUAAAAAGAAAACAAACAAAACCCUUUAGUAUUAGAGAUGACUCUGAGGAUGACACCCAGAACCGCCAACCUGAACCUCCGGUGGGACCUUGGGGUCCAUGUGGAUGGGGAACACGGUGUAUGAAAUCAAUGGCAGAUUGGUGCCUAUCUGAUCUCCCAUUUAAAAUUUUUUCUUUGCAAGAGAAAAGAAGAGUGAUAUAGAUUGGUGUGUUAGGAAAAAACUCAAACUCAAUUUUCCCCUUGGUUCUCAUGCCACAAUCAUCAACGCAAUAGACUUCUGUGACCAAAUGCCUGGAGGUUCUCCCCACACACCAGUAAGCAAUCAUUUCUGCAGCAGACACUGGCUGACACUUCAAGUCAACUCAAUUCCAACACUAUCUACCAGAUAGCAACAGAUCUUAUGGUUGAUGAGGGCUCAGUGCCACAAGACCGCAACUCCCUUCCCACUAGUUACAAAUCUAGGCCUCUGGACCUUCUAUCCAGUUGUUCUUCAUUUGGCGUUCCCAUGACUCCCUCAUUUGCUGGAGUGACUCAGAGAACUUAGGAGAACACUUACCUUUACAGGUUUACUAUAAAGGAUAUUACAAAUGAUACAGAUGAAGAGAUACAUAGGGUGAGAUAUGGGGUAAGGGACACGGGGCUUUCAUGCCCUCCCUAGUCACGUCCCCUUCUGGAAACCUCCACCUGUUCAGCUAUCUGUCCUUUUUUAGGCUUUUAUGGAGGCUUCAUUACAUAAGCAUGAUUGAUUAAGCCACGGGCCAUUGGUGAUCAACUUACCCUCCAGCCCCUCUCUCCUCCCCUAAGGUUAGGGGUGGGGCUUAAAACCCAACCUUCUAAUCCUGCCUUGUGCUUUCUGGUGAUCAGCCCCUGAUCUACCUGAAGCCACCUAGGCGCUUCCAGGCCUCAGUCAGCUCAUUAGCACACAAAAAGACAACCUUUGGAGUUUCUAAGGACUUUAGGAGUUGUAUGCCAGGAAAUGGGGCCGAGGACCAAAUAUAUUUAUCACAAUAGGCAAAAAGAUUCAACAUGAAGAGGGUAAAGAAGAUUUAGAAAUAAAGACAGAAAAAUGGAGACAAGAGAGACAGUAAACAGAAAGAGUAGAAAGGUAAGCAGAAAAUCAUCAACUGAAAGAAACAGAAAGAAGAGUAGAAGUGUUACAGGAAAGGGGUCCCCAUCCAGACCCCAAGAGGGGGUUCUUGGAUCUCACCCAAGAAAGAAUUCACAGCAAGUCCACAGUGCAAAGGGAAAGCAAGUUUAUUAAGAAACUAAAGGAAUAAAAGAAUGGCUACUCCAUAGACAGAGCAGCCCCGAGGGCUGCUGGUUGCCCAUUUUUAUGGUUAUUUCUUGAUGAUAUGCUAAACAAGGGGUGGAUUAUUCAUGCCUCCUCUUUUUAGACCAAAUAGGGAACCUUCCUGACUUUGCCAUGGCAUUUGUAAACCAUCUUGGCACUGGUGGGAGUGCAGCAGUGAGGAUGACCAGAGGUCACUCUUGUCGCCAUCUUGGUCUUGGUGGGUUUUGGCCAGCUCCUUUAAUGCAACCUGUUUUAUCAGCAAGGUCUUUAUGACCUGUAUCAUGUGUUGACCUCCUGUCUCUUCCUGUGACUUAGAAUACCUUAACUGUCUGGGAAUGCAGCCCAGUAGGUUUCAGCCUCAUUUUACCCAUUUUACUCCUAUUCAAGCUGGAAUUGCUGUGAUUCACAUGCCUCUGACAGAAUUAAGAGAGAGAGAAAAUAAAAGAGGCAACAGAAAAACAGAUGGAAGUAAACGAAGAGGCAGAAACUCAGAGACACAAAGAAGGCAAGGGUGCAGGAGUGUGGAGGGAGGGCCGGGAGAGGGUUGGGAGGGAGGAAGCCCUUGUCCUGGGUUCCUUCUUUCCCCAUCCACAUGCCCUGUUCUCUGUUGCAAAUGGAAGAAGCCAGAGCCCAAGUGAACCACCUGUCUCCAUUGCUGACUCCCAGCUGGUCUUUGGGAAGCAUCAGAGGCAGCUGUCACCUUUGCUUUGGCCGGGAAGGAGCCUUCCAGCAGCGUCUGGAGAGGAGCUGGGCUGGCCUGUGGUCUUGGCCCCUGCGAACUGAAGGGAAGCCUGACUUGAUGUAUUAGCUUGGGGGUGCCUCUCUUGACCCACUUUUGUUUGUUUGUUUUUGAGAUGGAGUCUUGCUCUGUUGCCCAGGCUGGAGUGCAAUGGCACAGUCUUGGCUCACUGCAACCACCACCCGGGUUCAAGUGAUUCUCCUGCCUCGGCCUCCCAAGUAGCUGGGAUUACAGGCACCCACCACCACGCCCAGCCAGUUUUUGUAUUUUUGGUAGAGAUGGGAUUUCACCAUGUUGGCCAAGCUGGUCUUGAACUCCUGACCUCAGGUGAUCCACCUACCUUGGCCUCCUAAAGGGAUGGGAUUACAGGGAUGAGCCACUGCGCCUGGUCCCACUUUCAUUUUUGAUGAAACAAAAUUGGAAGGUUAGUUGGUGGGAGGUCAAGGACCUUCCAAUUCCAAGGGGAGACUGAGUUGUAAUGAACUUGGACUGAGGCAGUUGGUGGGGUUCUGCCCCACGUGGUGGGUGGCAUUGUUACUUACACGCCAAUGCUUUUGCUGUGGGCUGCAAAAGUGGGAAUCCCUUGAGCAGGGAGGGUUGGUUUUGUGAAGUCAACUCAUAAUGGGGACAGAGGCUUGAUGCUGGCUUAGUCAGUGACACCCACAUACCUAGCAAAAGAGUCACCAAAGAGGGGUACUGGGUGCAGAGGAAAUGGGCCCCAUAGAUCCAAGCUAAUCAGUGUCCAGCAGCCCAGGUCGCAGGAAGGGCUGUGGGGAACAGGAGCAGGUUCUGCUUAACAGAGGUUGCCUCUGUGGAGGCCAGCGGGAUCUGUGAGGUUUUCCCAGGGCUCAGGUGAAGUAUCCCCCACCCCUCCCACUUCCUUUGAUCCGACGGUGUUCAUCUGGUAACCUAGUUACUGAUUCUGCUUCCCUGGAGCACUAAUGCCAAGAAGAAGGUAGCUCCAGCUGGGGACCUGCCACUCUAGUCCCUGAAAUAAUUUACUACUUAAAAAAUGUAAUACAUUGGCAUAAAAAUAGCUAGAAAUGCCACUCAUUGAGAGAGCACUUGCUAAAUGCCUUCUGUGAAUUGAUCAUCCAAUCUUUUCAAUCUUGUGAGGUGGGCAUUAUUUUCUCCAUUUCACCUACAGGGAAACACUCUCAGAUCUGGGAUUUGAAGCUGGGUCUCUCUGCAGCUGAAGCUUGGGGUCUUAACCACCUCCCUUCUUGGAGGAGACGGGGUUGAAAUGAUGCUGGGCUUACGCCUUGGCCUGUCUAUAGCCUCUCAGUCACUCCCACUGUGGGUGUCAUGUGUCUGUCACGAGUGGCAGUGCAAGGUGUCCCGUUUUGGAACAAGCAGGGCCACGACCAUAUGCUAGAAUGGGUGACUCAGCAGAAGCAGUGCCUCUGGGAGCCUCUGCUGGCCUGGACGCUUCCCACUGGAGUUCCUCAACCUGCAACCAGGACACUGUGAUGUGAGGUCACAGGGCUGGAGAGGGGCAGCCUGGAAGUGCUUUCUCUGUCCCUCUCUUACUUAUAGAUCAAAAAAGGAAAAUUAAAAGGGGGCCAGGGUGGGUGUCUGCCUGGGGAUCCAAAGGAUGAGGGCAGCCAUGUGGGAGGGAUGAUGGGAGUACCCAUGUCUGGCUGGCUAAGAGAGACUUGGAAGCCAGAUUAGAACCAGCAUUCCAGGGAACCUGGAGUUGGCAGGGAAUUAGAGGAAGGGGUGGCGAGGGGAACAGCCAGAGGGACACCCUGGACUCUAUAGAAGGGGGUCCCAGACAGCCAUUUGCAGUUGCUCUCCCAGACCCCCGGGGGUCCAGAGGAACACAGGAUGCUAAGCCUAGAAGGGAAAGGCUGUCAAGGAGUCUCCCAGGUGAGCAUGGCAGCCGUCCCUGGGUUUCCACCACUAAGGCUUCCCAGGGCUGCCUGGCCCCUGUCCUGCCCUCGCUGCCGGCCUGGGAAGAAAAGGCCGAAUCGAAACAGACUACAGCAAAACCCUGACUCAUGCCUUCCGAUGCCAGUAGACCCGAUUUUGUAUUUCCCAGCACUUUCAUUAGCACCAAGAGCUAUUAUAAUUGCAAAAGGUGUGUGGGGAGGUGGGAGUGGGUGCUCACACUCACAGCAUGGGAAGUGGGGCUGAGACUCUUGUCAGGGGAGAAAGACCUCAGCCUCCUACCCCAUCCCCGUUCACCUGAGAGGUGGUGGGAUGGGGAGUGGUCUGGGCUCUGGGCAGAGACUCUAGGCAGGCCACAUGGGUGGGGGACCUGGAGGAGAGGCAUGUGAGUAGAUACGGCUUGAGGGAGCCCCUAGAGCACGGGAAUUGGGUUGUGAUAAGGGGACUGGGCUUGGGCACAGCCCUGGCUGCCUCCUGGCACCCCACUCAGACUCCUCUCCUCCUGGGCCCUCACAGGUGGGUCUGCAGGUGUGUCUGCCAGGGCAGUGCAGCCUCCACUCGCUCCCAGGCUCAAGGCUAUGAGAUAAAAUGCUAAUCAUUCCCUGCCUGUAGGUUCCUAGCUUGCUUUGGUACUUAUCUUCCCUGUCACGGAGGGAGUGGGAGGCCUCUGAUCCCUAGGCCGGCGUGGGAGCCGGAAUUCUAGACAAGUUUAUCCAGUAGGAUUGAGCACCUCACCCUGUGUCUCAGAUAUGGUGGUUUGUAAUAGCAGUUUGGGGUUUCAUCUGGGCUCAGAGUGAGGCAGGGCUCUGGGAUUCCAGGCUGCUUUUCCAGGUAAGGCGGCAAAUGAAUGGAGGUAGAGCUACGUGGGAAGACCUGCUGAAACUGAAGGAUCCUGACGGACCCCAGGGCACCCCAAGGCCUAUCAGUUAGUUGCUUGCCUGGGCCCCAGCGCCCCUGUUGCGUGUUGCGUGCUCUUGGGUUUUUAACAACAGCAGCCAACUUGUGUGUCAUGCUUCACAGUUGGCAGAGACCUUCCACACAUUCUGCACUCUGAGAUGUGUCUAUGAGGCUGCUCAUGUUCCAAGUAAGAGGUGAGCCCUCGGUGAGUGGCAGAGCCCAGACCCCUGCAGGGCUGUGGGCUCCAUGCUGGGUGCUCUUCCCUCCUCUCAGCACCUGUGUGAGGAGUGAGGGGCACCACUUCCCCUCCCAGACUGAGAACUGCCCCCGCCCCCAUGCCUGGGCAUCACAGGUGACAGCGUUCUUCACGUGACCUUCCCUCUUCUAGAGACUUCUCACAUUGGAGCAGUGUCAUGGGAUGAUAUUUACUGUGAAUAGGAAGUCCCACGCCCCCCAGGUUAUAACUCCUCUACAGGAUGGCCGGGAGCUUGAAGAUGUUCUCAAUCACACACUCUGGCCUCUGCAGACCCUAAUGUUGGGAGACGGGGUUUCGCCAUUUGCCCAGGCUGGUCUCGGACUCCUGGCCUCAAGAGAUCCUCCUGUCUCAGCCUCCCAAAGCACUAGGAUUACUGGCAUGGGCCACCAUGCCUGGCCGAUGCUGGUUUCUUCUCCUCGCCCCCCCUCAGGUGGUGAGGACUCCAUCAGCACCUUGGGCCUGAUCCUUGGCGUGGGGCUCUUGCUGCUGCUCGUGUCCAUCCUCGGCUACAGCCUGGCCAAGUGGUACCAGCGCGGGUACUGCUGGGAGGGGCCUAAUUUUGUCUUCAACUUAUAUCAAAUCCGGAACCUGAAGGAUCUGGAGAUGGGUCCACCCUUCACCAUCAGUGGUCACAUCAGCAGCACAGAUGGUGGCUACAUGAAGUUCUCCAACGGGCUAGUCUGAUGCAGAGACAGCAACUUGUGAAGCCCUGGGGAGGUGAGUUGGAGUUGGGAGAGCUGCCGAGUGAGCCUGAUGUCCAAGUAAGGUCCUAAGAGGGUCCAGUCACCCAAGCCUCGCACCAAGGACCACUUGGAACCCAAAGAGAUUAUCUGGUUCAUCCCCUGUCUUCUGGUGCCGAUCUCAGGCUUGGGUCAUGUUUUCCCCCACCCGCUUCUGGCACUGGGCCUGCCCUGUUUCCUCCUGUCCACCCAAUCCAUGCCCGGCCUUUCCUUCCUGGGAAGGUUCUGUUUGCAUUCAAGGUGGAAGCUUCUAGAGCACAGCUUUUUAUCUUAACUCUUGCUCUGAGAUAAAAUUUCCAGAUGGCCAAUAUCUCCAAGAAGCAUCACUCUAGCACUUCAGUUCUGAGCUUUCUGAGCCCAGGAGCCUCCCCUGCUUCAUGGCCCGCCAACUCUUUGGCCACACAUUCCCUUGCCUGCCUUCAAGCCCAUCCCUUCCCCACAUCUCAGUUGCUUUUUCCCAUUCAAACCAUUUCUCCCUUGGGCAGUUCUUGCCCCUCCCAGGCUCCCCUGGACUGCCCUCAUCCCCUCAGAUCUUCAAGGC